CUCAACUUCCUCAACUGUGACUUCAUCGACUUCACCUACGUGCGCGUCUCCUCUGAGGAGCUGGACCGUGCCCUGCGCAAGGUUGUCGGGGAGUUCAAGGAUGCACUGCGCAACUCUGGGGGUGAUGGGCUGGGGCAGAUGUCCCUGGAGUUCUACCAGAAGAAGAAGUCUCGCUGGCCUUUCUCAGACGAAUGCAUCCCCUGGGAGGUGUGGACGGUCAAGGUGCACGUGGUAGCUCUGGCCACAGAGCAGGAGCGGCAGAUCUGCCGGGAGAAGGUGGGUGAGAAGCUCUGUGAGAAGAUCAUCAACAUCGUGGAGGUGAUGAACCGGCACGAGUACCUGCCCAAGAUGCCCACGCAGUCGGAGGUGGACAACGUGUUUGACACAGGCUUGCGGGACGUGCAGCCCUACCUCUACAAGAUUUCCUUCCAGAUCACUGAUGCCCUGGGCACCUCGGUCACCACGACCAUGCGCAGGCUCAUCAAAGACACCCUUGCCCUCUAGGCCUUACUGGGGCCGUGGGCUCUCCUUGAUGGCUUGCAGACCUUGGCUUCUGGGGAUCGUACC